UUGGUGAAGGCGGCUGUAGCGGCAGCAUGAAGCGGUCCCCGACUCCCGAGGAACGCGAGCGCGAAGCAAAGAAACUGAGACUUCUUGAAGAGAUUGAAGACACUUGGCUUCCUUAUCUAACCCCCAAAGAUGACGAAUUUAAUCAACAGUGGCAGCUGAAAUACCCUAAAUUAAUUCUCCGAGAGGCUAGCAGUAUACCAGAAGAGCUCCAUAAAGAGGUUCAAGAAGCCUUUCUUACACUGCAAAAGCACGGCUGCUUAUUUCGGGACCUGGUGAAAGUCCAAGGCAAAGAUGUACUCACUCCUGUAUCUCGCAUUCUCAUUGGUAACCCAGGCUGCACCUACAAGUACCUGAAUACCCGGCUCUUUACAUUACCUUGGCCUGUGAAGGGUUCUGAUGCAAAAUACAGCACGGAUGAAAUAGCCGAAGCAUGCCAAAUCUUCCUGAAGCUCAACGAAUAUUUGCAGUUAGAGACCUUCCACGCCUUGGAAGAACUUGUUGCCAAAGACAAAAAUGAUAUCGAUUCUGUGCCAGUGUGUAUAGGUCCAAAUUUCCCCAAGGUUGAUACACCAGAUGAAAUGGAAUUAAAGAACAGGUCAGCAUUCAAUGUGACUCUCUUAAAUUUUAUGGAUCCUCAGCAAAUGACAUACUUGAAGGAAGAACCUUAUUUUGGCAUGGGGAAAAUGGCGGUGAGCUGGCAUCAUGAUGAAAAUCUGGUGGACAAGUCGGCGGUGGCAGUGUACAAUUAUAGCUGUGAAGUGCCUGAGAUCGAACCCAGGGUCUCAGACUUGCAAGGUCUUCAAAACACUACUGCAAGAAAUAUGCUUACCGAAAAGUCAGUUUGCAGCCUCUGUUCUAAGGGAGAAGAAAGCGAUGACGAUCCUGAGUUCGAAGGCAGAGAUCCUGACAUUUGGCACGCUGGUUUUAAGAUCUCCUGGGAUAUAGAAACACCUGGCUUGGCAAUACCCCUCUACCCUGGAGACUGCUAUUUUAUGCUUGAUGAUCUCAAUGCUACCCACCAACACUGCGUUUUGGCUGGUUUACCACCUCGAUUUAGUUCCACCCACCGAGUGGCAGAGUGCUCCACGGGAACCUUGGAUUAUAUUUUACAGCGCUGUCAGUUGGCUCUGCAGAAUAUCCGCGAGGAGUCAGACAACGGUGACAUCUCUUUAAAAUCCCUGGAUCCUGCAGUACUGAAACAAGGGGAAGACAUCCACAAUGAGGUGGAGUUUGAGUGGCUGAGACAGUUUUGGUUUCAAGGCAAUCGGUAUACUAAGUGUACUGAGUGGUGGUGUCAACCUAUAGCUCAAUUAGAGGACAUGUGGAAGAAGAUGGAAGGUGUGACAAAUGCUGUGCUUCAUGAAGUUAGAACAGAGGUGCUCCCCGUGGAACAAAGAAAUGAAAUCUUGACUGCCAUCCUGGCCUUGCUCACUACACGCCAGAACCUGAGGAAGGAAUGGCAUGCCAGGUGCCAGUCCCGAAUUGUUCGAACUCUCCCCACAGACCAGAAGCCAGAAUGUCGACCCUACUGGGAAAAGGAUGAUCCUUCCAUGCCACUGCCCUUUGACCUCACAGACACUGUUUUAGAACUCAAAGGCCUACUUCUGGAAGGAAAGCCCUAGAAGGAACACAAGUCGACGGUGGAGGAAAAAGAAGAAACUUGAAGCCCCUCCAGCCUUACUCUGGGCAAAGGCAGUAUGGAUAAACUUAGCCUGUAGAUUGUAGAACCAGGUUCCAGUUGGAAACUUCUAAAAAACUG